UCCACAGAAACACAAGCAACAAAAUGAGCGGCAUAAGGGUACCAGUGAUACUCGCUUUAAUUUGUGGUCUAUAUCUGGCCUUACAGCAUGUCAACGCAUUUCCGCAAGAAGCUUUUACUGCUGACGAUGACGAGGAAAUAGUAGCAAGAGUUGUUGCACUUAACGCAACUGUUGCAGAAAAUGAAACACCCGUCCACGUACCUGUAACUGGAGAUGAUGAGGAUUCAAGUGAAGUUGAGUCCUCCGAAGAGUUCUUCUAUCUGCCAGACAUAUUUAACACGCCAACAUAUCGUCUACAAAUUCGGUACUUUAGGCUCAUACAAGAAUACGUCAACAAGCUUAUAACUGAAGGACGAGAUUUUGUUGAGGCCACAUUGACAGCAAUGAAUCCGCUACCAGAGUCUAUGGGUCUCGGUGGAAAUUUAACACGCAUGCGUAAUUUAUUGGAACGCAUUGAUAGCCAAGAUUUAUCGAAAAAUGAUUUGGCUUCGAUAAUUGAGAAAACCGAAAUUACCGAUGAACUAGCGGAUUUGUAUGGAGAUUUCCUGGCAAUUAUAGAGGCAAUCUCUGACGACGAUGCUCUUGUAUUAAAGGAAAUCUUUGACAAAAUCGAUUUGGAUGGCUAUAAUGAACGUUUGGACGUUUUUCUUAAAAAUACUUCCAACAAAAUUACGAAAGUGGCGAAAAGGUUUUUCGACAAAUUAAGUAAAGCGGAGAAACAAAAGUAUGCAGAAUUAAUCAAAUGGUAUGAAGAUUUCAAACAGCCGAAAUCCGAUCUAGACAAAUAUAAUGACGCUGUGGUUUUGGUAAAAUAUCUAUUGACACAUCGCUAUUGAAAAAUUACUUACUUUUAAAUAUGAAAAAAAUUAAAUUUUGUGAAAUAUUAAAUUAUUAUUAAACUUAA